AUGGCUGAACAAAGGCAACGUGCUUUGUCCACAUCAGGGCAAGCCUUGUAUGAAAUCCUGGCUGUAGAGAAAGGAGCAACAUAUGAUGAGAUUAAGAAGUCCUACAGAAAACUGGCUCUGAAAUACCAUCCUGACAAGAAUCCAGACAAUCCAGAGGCUGCAGAGAAGUUUAAAGAGAUCAACAAUGCUCAUGCAACCCUGACUGACACAGCCAAGAGAAACAUCUAUGACAAGUAUGGAUCCUUAGGUCUCUACGUGGCAGAGCAGUUUGGGGAGGAAAAUGUUAACACCUACUUCAUGCUGUCGAGCUGGUGGGCAAAGGGUCUGUUUGCAGUCUGUGGGCUACUGACUGGCUGCUACCUCUGCUGCUGCUUCUGCUGCUGCUUCAACUGCUGCUGUGGAAAGUGCAAACCCAAAGCACCCCAAGGGGAAGAGCAGGAGUUCUGUAUGUCUCCAGAAGACUUGGAGGAGCAGAUUAAGAAUGACAUGGAAAGAGAUGGAGAAGCUCCUAUCGUGCUUCAGCCAACCAACGUGACCGAGAAGACGCAGCUGAUCGGGGACGACCACCGCAGCUACCACACAGGCUCCUAG